AUGGCUGUGUCCAAAUUCAGGGUCUACAUCCUUCGGAGUAUGCAUUUGAAGGAUGUUACGUCACAGCGCCGCGACGAAGGCUGUCCAAAUUCGUAGGAUCCUUCAAAUGCGGCCCACAAAUACAUCCUCCUUUUCCCCGAAUUGGAAGGAUGGGUGUGGUGGAUCCUUUCCCGUCCUACCUAUCCCAUAAUUCUUUUCGCCAGAUGGCGGACGAAGCGAGCGGUACCGGAGUGGGGGAGGAGUAUGCUUUUCGAUGGACGAAAGAGCAGACAGAAAUGUUUAUAAAGCUCCGGGGAGAGAACGAUGAGCUCUUCACCGGAGCAAAGAACUCUGCCACUGUGGGAUGGAGGAUAGUUUUGGAGAAGAUGGGCCUGUCUGGUAAAGUGACACCAGCCCAAGCAAAGAAAAAGUGGGACAAUUUAAAAAAAAAUAUAAAGUAUGUCCAUAUAUAGAAAAUAAUAUUUUUGUUAGUAACAGUUAAAAAAAAUCCUAGGUUUAAGCUUACAUGUUUUGUGAACAGUUUAGAUUUUGACUUGUCUUUAGGAA